AUGUCGACCUUGGACGGGCGCCGGCGCAGCAGGACCAGCGACGGCCGCCGGAAGACGUUCGACAGCCGCAGGGGGCUUUGGCUGCGGCUGUUGCUGUCGCUGCCGGCGCCGGGGAGGGGCGAGGAGGCGGGUGAGCGGCCGGUCGGGCUGGUUGUUGUUGUCGUUGUCGUUGUUGUUGAGGCGCUGAGGGGACAGUCGGUGCUGGGGCGGGUGGGUUGGUGGAAGGUGGUGUGGAGGGAGAGACGCAUGGCUCUUUUCGCGAUGGAUGGUAGAUGGACGGAUGGAGGGAGGGAUCGUGUGAGGUAG